CAAAGUCAUACUUGUUUUACAAUCAAAUUUGGUAAACUGGCGUCGUGUUUUUCUACCGGUUUUCUGUUUUUUAUUUCAACAAACAAUAAUUUUAUAUAUGAUUUGCAAAGUUUAAUACAAUUCCAAUUAAAAACUAAAUCUGUUAUUUCGUUUUGUGAAUGUUGUUGAAUUGAAAGCUUACUUCUUCUGGAAUAUAACCUAUACAUAUAAGCUAUGGCGGAUGAGGAUUUUAGUACAUUAUUGCAACAGGCAGAGCAGCUGACAACUGAAAUCGAAGGGAAUGAAGAGCUGCCGAGGGUUGAAAGGUCCUUGGGACAAGUGUUGGAAGCAUCUCAAGAACUUUACUCGAGAGUAAUUCAAUCUGGCGCCAACGAUAUUCAAGCACACCUCCUGUUUGGAUCAAAAGGCAUAGAUCUUCAACAAAUAUCACAGAAAUUAGAAACUCUCAGUUCGAAGCGUACCUUUGAACCUCUACAACCAAUAGCUGAUUCAGACAUUGAAAGCUUUUUGAAGAAUGAAAGGGAAAAUGCUAUCCUAUCUCUUAUUGAUGAAGUCAACAAAAAUUCUUUACAAACAACUGAAGAUCAAAAAUGGGAGCACAUGCUUUCUGAAUGGAAUAGAGAAAAGAUAAAGCUAAUGAAUGCUAUGAUUGGUCCAUCUCAGAACUGGUUGGACUUGAAACGUACACCAGAACCUCCAAGCAUUGCAGAUGCUCCGAAGAAGUUUGGUCACUCUAUGUUAGAUAAUAUUGAAGCGGCAUAUGCUAGACAAGUGCGCCAGUACAAUAAGCUUGUGUUCCAAGGGUCUAAGUCAAGAACAGCACUGCAUCAAAAGUUUGCACAGGUUGCUGAAGAGUUUAAUGAUCCAAAAGUGAAAGAAAUGUGGGAAAUUAUAAAACAUAUGGCCAACAUACCAGCUCUUGUGAGAGAAGAAGAUCCACUGAAAGCUAGAGGAAAUCAAACUAUACAACAAUGUCUUAUUGGCCAAGGAAAGAAAUAUUUGGAAAAAAGAUACAAGCAAUACAUGAGCGACGUGGUGCGCUCGAACCCGUCGCUGGCGCUGCGCGGCGGCGAGCCGGGCACGUACCCGCUGGCGCGCGGGUUCGUGGGGCUGCGGCUGCAGGGGCCAGCGGCGCAGGGGCUCGCCGACGGCGUCGUGGACGAGCGCCCGCUCUGGCCCAUGGUGUACUACUGUCUGCGCAGCGGCGACGCGAAUGCCGCGUUGCACUGUUUGCGGAAAGCUGGCCGUGAUCACGAGGAGUUCAUAGCAGCUUUGGAGGAGCACAUCAGGAGCCCUGAGAAACCCCUUAGCGAUAAGUUACAAACUGCCAUUAACUUCCAGUACCGAAUCCAAGUUCGCAACUCUACGGACCCAUAUAAAAGAGCUGUGUACUGCGUAAUAGGGUGUUGCGACGUAAGCGACGAGCACAGCGAGGUGGCACGCACGGCCGACGACUAUCUCUGGCUCAAGCUUUCCGUCAUCAAGGCUCGCUCCAACAACGACACGGACUCUUUCUCUUACUCCGAUCUACAGAAACUCAUACUUGAAGAAUAUGGGGAGACUCAUUACCAUGCAUACGAGAAGCCACUUGUAUACUUCCAAGUGUUGACCCUUACUGGACAAUUCGAACCAGCUAUUGAAUUUUUAUCCAGAAUACCAAGAUAUCAAGUACAUGGUGUGCAUAUGGCGUUAGCGCUGCAUGAUGUGUACAUGUUGGGCACUCCCCGUAAUGUUCAGGCACCUUUGUUAUCUGUGGAUACCGACGACCCAUCGCCACUGCGACGGCUCAACUUGGCGCGGCUGCUUCUAUUAUAUGUUAGAAAAUUUGAACUAACUGACCCCUCGGAAGCGUUGCAUUAUUACUUUUUUUUGAGGAAUCUCAAAGACCCCAGCGGCAAGAACCUGUUCAUGUGUUGUUGCACAGACCUGGCACUGGAGAGCAGGGACUACGAUUUGCUGUUCGGACGAGUGGAGCCCGGGACUGUGGUUCGAGGGGUUGGGCUGUUGGAUGAGUUCAACAACACACAGAUUGAUACAAAGGUGAUAGCUCUCAAUGUUGCGGAACAAUUAGUGAAUAAAGGUCUCUUUGAAGAUGCCAUAACAAUGUAUGAUAUUGCUGAGAAACUGGAGAAGGUUCUAGAAUUAUUCUGCGUGCUGCUAGCGCAAGUGGUGAACAGUGGCGGUGGUGUGGGCGGACUGCGGGAGCGGCUGGCGGCGCUGGCCGACCACGUGACCAGGAAGCUGCGGGCCGCCGACCACAGUCUGCCCGCCGCGCUGGUCGACGCCUACACUAAGCUGUGCAAGCUCAUGACCUUUUUCGAUCAGUUCCACAGCGAAAACUAUGACGCUGCGCUUGAGACCCUCCGGUCGUGCGAGCUGGUGCCGCUGAGCGCGAGCGAGUUAGAGGAGCGCGUGGUGUGGGCGCGCGGCGCGCGCGGCGAGCUGCUGCGCGCGCUGCCCGCCGUGCUGCGCGCGCUCUGCGCCAUGCUGCUCGCGCGCAGGCAGGCGCUGCGUGCGCACACGCAGCUGCCCGGCUACAACAACAACCAGCAAGUGGAAUGGCUCCGGGAGCAAGCCGAGGUGCUGAACACGUUUGCUGGCAACAUCUCGUACAGGAUGCCCGGCGACACCUACAGCCAGCUCGCGCAGAUACAGAUAUUGAUGCAUUAGCAAAUAACAUGAGUCAUUAAAUUAUGAGCUAAGAAUAAAGUAUUUUUAAUUGAUAA